AUGGCCGUUUUAGGAAUCCACAAACUGAGCAGCAUCAAAUCGAUGAAGCUGCUCGUCUGUCUGAUCGGUGUAACCUCGUUUCUGCUGCUCAUAUUCUGUCUCUACACAACAAUCAGCACACCGGAAAAGGAAGUGGCCCCGCUGUCGCUACCGAACGAUGGCUAUCAGAAUGUCGUAUCGUACGAACUGCGACGCAGCCAAACGAUCAUACCGGAGAAGUACAACGAGCACCAAGUGAAGGCACGCAUUAUUCGGGACAAAAUCAAACGGCUGGUGGGCAACAACAAUCCACACACCGCAACUGGACCGCCGUCGGAACAUCGCAAUCGGACCUUCCCUCUAAAUCGUAACAUACAAAUCUUCUACCACGGUACAGUCGCAUGGUACAAGCCGCGUCCAACACAUCCAUCCAGCGACCGAUUGAUAGCGCGGAUUUACGAAAACAAUUCCGUGUCCUUUAAACCGAACGAUGAACCGGUCAUCAAUACGGCGUUCUACCCAAAGCGAAGGUUAUACAACGCGAGCGAAUCAAUCAUACGGGAACAGUUCAACGAGAUACAAAACUGUGGAAUCGGCACGGUGAUCCUUGGAUGGCAGCCCAACUUCUCCGAGUACUUGUUGCGCACGGUCUUCAAAGUGGCGGAUCAGUAUGAUCUGAAAAUAGCGAUCGAAAUCCUCGACUACACGGACAGAACUAUUGAAAGUAUGCGGAGCAACAUAAAGUAUUUCAUCGAUGGGUUUGGCAAGGGUCCGGCUGGUACCACUAGCACACUGAGCUACUACAAUGUCCUGUCAAAGAAGCUCGAAAUGCCACUGUUCUACAUACGCAGAGCGUAUCGUAUCACGGACCCGGAAUGGAAACGACUGCUUAGCCGCAAUGGAAUACUCACCAUCCGGGGAUCAAACUAUGACGCUGUACUAUUGGCACAUAUCACCUCCAAAGACCACAAGUCCAUGAUCCGGCGGGCAGGCUUCGAUGGAUUCUACACGUACCUUCCGAGCAACGGAGCCAACUAUGCGGCCACCUGGAAGAACUGGAACCAGCUGAAAAAGUUUGCCGACAGCUAUCGUCUACUGUUUGUUCCCACAAUUGGGCCUGGUUUCUACGAUCGCCGAAAGUAUCAUCGUAACGUGAACCAGAACCACGGUAUAACCAACAUCAAGCGCUACCGGUCGAACGGUCAAUACUUCGACGUCGGGUGGCGCACGUCGCUCAAGAACAAUUUGCAAAUCAUCACCAUCAACAGCUACAACAACUGGGUCGAUGGCACGCAGAUAGAGGCCGCCAUUCCGGUGUUCGGCUUCCGCGACUAUCUACCAGGGCCGCCGGAAAAAUAUCUCGACCUAACGCAGUCCUGGGUGGAAGAAUACAUCAAGUACAAGCUGAACAACAUCAAGCUAAACAAGAAAACGGAACUCACGUUGAAUUGUUACGAUUUCAUUAACAGUACUAUUUGUUAG